AUGGGUGGAGGGAAGCAACCAACUCUCUUCCGUCUCUUAAUCCUGUCCCAACUGGUGGGGCUGCCCGCUGUCCUGGUGGAGAAGGACAUCCCAACCCCGCAUCCCAUCAGCCGCAGGAGUGUGCUGGACAUCGCCUUCGUGCUGUGGUGCUACCGGAAUCGCUACCAGUUCUCCAUCUACAGCGUCAAUGGCUACGGCUGUUACUGUGGCAAGGGAGGGAACGGCGUGCCCCUGGAUGACUUCGACACCUGCUGCUUCAAACACGACUGCUGCUACGAGGAGGCGCUCCUGGCUUCCUGCGGCCGGGGCACCAACGUCUACCUGAAGCCCAGCUACGCCGUGUGCGAGGUGGGCAGGACAGAGUGCCCCGAGGGCCUGGAGCCCUGUUCCAGCCACCUCUGCCUCUGCGACAAGCAGCUGGCUGAGUGCCUCGCCAUCGCCACCUACCAGGACCAACACGCCAACUACCAGAAGAAGCUCUGCUCCGAGCCCAAGCUCAAGUGCCUCACCAAGGAGAAGAUCGAGGUGGAGCGCGACACCAAGAGAUAG